UAAGCCAAACCCCAACGACCGUCCAGAUAAGGUGCGGAUAAACCCCGCCACGACCCCGGCGCGCUUAAGGGGCCCUGCGACCUGUUGACGAGUAUUGAACGAGUAUUAGAUGCGGGUUUCGGUCUCCAUUCGUUUCCUCUUAUCUCCCCGACAGACUCGCCGAGGUCACGGAGCAGCAUCGCGCAGAAGGAGGAGCUGAAGGAGACGCCGACGACGAAGGAGGAAGGAGGAUGAAGUAGGUGAAGGAGGAGGAGGGAACAAGGGCGUCGGGAGAGAAAAGGGGGACAUGGAACUUAGCGGUGAAGUGAAGGCAGUGAAGUGAAGUGAGGUGAGUCCGCUGAGGUGGAGGCGAGUGUGCAGUUUCGAUACUGGUGUGAAGUUUAUUGCACUGUGAGGAGAGGUCGGAGGGAGGCGCUGGUGAAGAGAGGGGAGAGAAAGGGGAAAGUGGGACAAGGAGAGGAGAGGAGACACUAGGAAAGAGGAGAGAGAGAGAAAGUGAGAGAGGGAAAGCUAGAAAAGAAGGCGGGGAAGUGACGAAAGAGGUGAGGGGAAGGGACCAUUUGGCCGAGGCAGUGCCAUGUGAGCUCCGCCUCAUAUCCCGAAUGAGAAGGCGCUCUUCCUCCUUGGAGCGAAUGCGACAGACUAUGAGGUCUGAGGAGCUGAUGGAAUGAGAUGGCGGGCGGGCACCUCAGGGCACGGCGAGUGGAGAGGACACGGCGCUCGUGCUGAGGCGGAAGUGAAGUGACUCCCGAGAUGCCUUCCGCUUGCGGGCUGUGAGCGCUGCUAUCAUGACCUGGGCGGCACAGGCCGGGGACCCCGCCGCCGCCACCGCCUCCAGCGCCUUCCUGAGCACCAGCCCCUCGUCCUUCAGCGGCGGCGACCUGAGCGUCGUGGCCACCAUGGUCGGCAACGGGAGCCUCCUCGACCUCGGCGACAACUGCUCGGAGCCCCUCGGCCACGUGGACUGGGGCGACGUGGGGAUGCUCACGUCGCUCACCAUCCUGGUCGUGAUCAACGCCCUCGUGGUGGCGGGCAACUGCCUGGUCAUCCUGGCCGUGUUCCUCUCCAGCAAGCUCCGCACCGUCACCAACCUGUUCAUCGUGUCCCUGGCGGUGGCCGACCUCCUGCUGGGGAUGGCGGUGCUGCCCUUCAGCGUCACGGUCGAGGUCUUCGACACGUGGCUCUUCGGCGAGCUCUGGUGCUCCGUGUGGCUCGCCGUGGACGUGUGGAUGUCCACGGCCUCCAUCCUCAACCUCUGCGUCAUCAGCCUGGACCGGUGA